AUGAGGCCGCCGGACAUGGGUGAUCCUGGCGGCAGCUCCUCGUCCCGGCCACACGGCAAGCAGGCGCUGCAGCCGGAGGUGGUUCUCUACACGGCGUCAGCUUCAGCGUCGCGCCACAGAACGCGCACCUCCGCCGACCUCUACGCCUUGUGCGCCCUGCUGCGCGGCUAUGGCCAGGCCGUGGACGUGCGCGACGUGUCCAGGAGCAAAGCGCACCGCUGCGAGCUCAAGUCGUUGCUUGCGGCUCGGGGCUGCGCCUUCUCCCUCCCGCAGCUCCUCCUGGGCGGCCGGCUCGUCGGCGGCCCUGAGGAUGUUAGACAGCUGCACCAGGCCGGCGGGCUGCCGCAACUCCUGGACGCCGCCCCAAGGCCGAGCCCGGCCUUCGUCUGCCAAGCCUGUAAGAGGGUCGGCUCCGGGCCGUGCCCAAAGUGCAGCGAGUCCCGCAACAAGAUGCUGGAUCACGGCAUUGUUGAGGAGGAGGAGGAGGAGAGGGUUGUCCUUUUUUAUCCAACCCAAGAUAAUGUACUGGGGCUCUAG